CACCGAGCCUCCCGUCCCGCCGCCACUCACCGCGCCUCGCCCCGCGGCCAUGGGUGCCCGAGCCGCACGAGCCCCGGCGCUGCGGCUCCUCGCGCUGGGCGCGCUGCUGUGGCCGGCGGCCGGCGCCUGGGAGCUCACCAUCCUGCACACCAACGACGUGCACAGCCGGCUGGAGCAGACCAGCGAGGACUCGAGCAAGUGCGUGAACGCCAGCCGCUGCGUGGGCGGCGCGGCGCGGCUCUUCACCCAGGUGCAGCGGGUCCGCCGCAGCGAGCCGCACGUGCUGCUGCUGGACGCCGGCGACCAGUACCAGGGCACCAUCUGGUUCACCGUGUACAAGGGCGCCGAGGUGGCGCACUUCAUGAACGCCCUGCGCUACGAUGCCAUGGCACUGGGAAAUCAUGAAUUUGAUAAUGGUGUGGAAGGACUGAUUGAUCCACUCCUCAAAGAGGCCAAAUUUCCAAUUCUGAGUGCAAAUAUAAAAGCAAAGGGGCCACUAGCAUCUCAAAUAUCAGGACUUUAUUUGCCCUAUAAAAUUCUUCCUGUUGGUGACGAAGUUGUGGGAAUUGUUGGAUAUACUUCAAAAGAAACCCCUGUUCUCUCAAAUCCAGGAAGGAAUUUAGUAUUUGAAGAUGAAAUCGCUGCAUUGCAGCCUGAAGUUGAUAAGCUAAAAACUCUAAAUGUGAACAAAAUCAUUGCACUGGGACACUCUGGUUUUGAAACAGAUAAACUCAUCGCUCAGAAAGUGAAGGGCGUGGACAUCGUGGUAGGAGGGCACUCCAACACAUUUCUUUAUACAGGCACUCCACCUUCCAGAGAGGUGCCGGCUGGGAAGUACCCAUUCAUAGUCACGUCCGACGAUGGGCGGAAGGUUCCUGUGGUCCAGGCCUAUGCUUUUGGCAAAUACCUAGGCUAUUUGAAGGUUGAGUUUGAUGAAAAAGGAAAUGUCAUCGCUUCACAUGGAAAUCCCAUUCUUCUCAACAGCAGCAUUCUCGAAGAUCCAAGCAUAAAAGCAGACAUUAACAAAUGGAGGAUAAAAUUAGAUAAUUAUUCUACUCAGGAAUUGGGGAAAACAGUCGUCUAUCUGGAUGGCUCCACUCAGUCAUGCCGCUUUAAGGAAUGCAACAUGGGCAACCUGAUUUGUGAUGCUAUGAUUAACAACAAUAUUAGACACCCGGAUGAAGUGUCGUGGAACCAUGUGUCCAUGUGCAUUUUAAAUGGAGGUGCCAUUCGGUCGCCCAUUGACGAACGGAACAACGGCACAAUUACCUGGGAGAACCUGGCUGCUGUGUUGCCCUUUGGGGGAACCUUUGACCUGAUCCAAUUAAAAGGCUCCACGCUGAAGAAGGCCUUUGAGCACAGUGUGUACCGCUAUGGCCAGUCUACUGGAGAGUUCCUGCAGGUGGGCGGAAUUAAAGUGGUGUAUGAUCUUUCCCGAAAACCUGGGGACAGAGUAGUCAAAUUAGAUGUUCUUUGUACGCAAUGUCGAGUGCCCAGUUACGAGCCUCUCCAAAUGGAUAAGACAUAUAAGGUAGUCCUCCCAAGCUUCCUCGCCAACGGUGGAGAUGGAUUCCGGAUGAUAAAAGAUGAAGCAUUAAGACACGACUCUGGUGACCAAGAUAUCAAUGUGGUUUCUGGAUACAUCUUAAAAAUGAAAGUAAUUUAUCCAGCGGUUGAAGGUCGGAUCAAGUUUUCUUCAGGAAGUCAUUGUCAUGGAAGCUUUUCUCUAAUAUUUCUUUCGUUUUUGGCAGUGAUCAUUGUUUUAUACCAAUAGCCAAAUAUUAUUCUUCCAAGUAAUGUGUGGAACUGCAUUUUUUUCCAAGUGAGAUUCAAGUCUGCCUUUUAGGAAGUGGCUUGGUGAUGGCACAGACCAUCUUUGCAGGCCACUAGAAGCUGAGCUUAGAGGAUUGUUAAAUGAAGACACUGACAUCAUCACACAGGAUCAGCAAGUUAAUGAAUACACAGGAAAAAAAUGAAAAUGAGCCCUUUGACAGGAAGGGCAACCCUCUUUAGUUUUCAUAUGCAAAUUUUAAUAAAAUUUUAUUAACAAUUUUAAACCACAGAAAUCAUUUUUCUCCUUUAUAUCCAUUUUAAUCCACCAAACAACUAUGUUUACAUUUUAUCAUUUUUGAUUUACAAGGAGUUGUAAUUUACAGGGGAGUUCCAUUUUAAGCACAUUAUCUUAUCUGAUGCCUGUAACUUUGGUGGGCAAGGCAGGUAUUGUUUUUUCCCAUUUGACAGAUGUUAAGGCCACGCAGCUCAAAGUGACACAUCUAAGACCUACACCCAGGUUUUCUGACGUCAAGUGCAGCACUCUUUCAACUACAUCCAGUUGCUGUUCGGAAUGGUACUUAGUGGCUUUCUCUCUUCAGAACUAUCAACAGCAUCAAGCGCCUGGAUGAUAAGUGUCUGCUUUAUUUCAUGUCUCUAUUUUUUCCUUUUUAGAUCCUGUUGUUAUAGUGAGUUUAAUGGACUAACACAGGGUAGCAUUCUCUCUUGUACAACCCAUGUGCCUUUAUGAGUCAGGGAACAAACAGUGCAGCAAAUGAUGGGAAAGGCAAAAAAUAGUCCAGGAUCAGGGAGAAAGGGAAGGGAAGAACAGGACACGCAGGAUGUAUUUACAUUACAGAAGAAAAAGAGCUAAAGGGCAUUUAGAUUUGUUAAAGAGAUAUUUGUUAAGAACUAGCAGCAUAGCGCCUGACAUGUGGUAUGAGCUGUUAAUAAUUUUAUGGGAUUCCAUCAAUCUGCCUCUGUGCUCUUUCCUUCCUUCUUUCCAAUGUAAAGCUAUCAUUAAAGAACCUUCUAAGACAAGGUGUAAUUCUAAACCUGCACCUGUCCCUCCCCAGCAAGAUGCCAGCCCUGUACUUACUCUAGUCACACUACACACACAUACACACACACACACACACACACACACACA